CUCCUAUUGAUCUUGUUAAGAAGAAGCGGAUUUAUGAAUUGCCACUUACUGAACUUGUAUCCCCAAAGUGAUGAAGUAUGCUCAGUUUGAAAUCUCUGAAUCGUGUUAAGUUGAUUGCUUGCAGUUCUACAAGUUCCCUGACCGCUUCAUUGAUAUUUUCUUCAAAACAGUCCACCCUUACCCAUGCAUUGGUGAGCCAACCUGAUCAACGACAGUUACUAUCUCUGUUAACAGGAAACCCAACAAGAAGCCACUCACUCCAAAUCCAUUCCAAAUUGAUCACAACUGGGUUCUGCCAAUGUAGAGUGGACAAUGCUGGGAUGCUAAUCUGGAACACUUUACUUAGGGAGUACUCACUCGGCAUUUUCCCUGAAGAAGCUUUGAAACUUUAUAAACAAGUCCUAGGGGUUUCGGCUGCUUCUUCAUAUACACCUGAUAGCUUCACGUAUUCUUUCCUCCUCAAGGCUUGUGCUAACUUGGACCAAACCAUCAAGGGAAAUCAGGUAUACGCUCAUGUUAUCAAAGUGGGAUACGAGUUUCAUGUUUACGUGCAGACAGCUUUGGUAAAUUUGUUCUCGGUUUGUGGGUGUCUAAUUGAAGCUAAGAGAGUGUUCGAUGAAAUGCCUGAAAGAAAUUUAGUAACUUGGAAUGUCAUGAUCACUGGUUUGGUAAAAUGGGGUGAGAUUGGUAUGGCUCAGUCACUGUUUGAUAGAAUGCUUAUUCGGAAUGUUGUCUCCUGGACAUGUAUGAUUGAUGGGUAUACCCGGAUGAAUCAACCUGUGGAAGCUCUACGUCUAUUUACUUGGAUGAUGAUAGAUGAUGGCAUAAAACCGACUGAAUUAACACUCCUGGCCAUCCUUCCUUCAAUUUCAAAUCUUGGGGCACUAGAUAUUUGCCAGUCAAUUCACUCCUAUAGUGAGAAAGCUGGGUUUAAUGCAUCUGACAUUCGUGUUACAAAUUCAUUUAUAGAUUCAUAUGCUAAAUGUGGGUGCAUUGAUAGUGCAUUUAAAGUGUUUAAAAAGAUAUCAACUGAGAAUAGGAACUUGGUGUCAUGGACAUCAAUAAUUUCUGCAUUCGCCAUGCAUGGGAUGGCGACAGAAGCUAUAGAGUGGUUUGAGAAGAUGGAGCAGACGGGCUUGAGUCCUAAUGAGGUGACUUUCUUGAGUCUUUUGAAUGCUUGCAGCCAUGGUGGCUUAGUUGAGGAGGGACUUGAGUUUUACUCAAAAAUGGUUAAUAGGUAUCAAAUCUUGCCAAAUAUUAAGCACUAUGGUUGCCUAGUAGACAUGUUAGGAAGGGCAGGGAGGUUAGAAGAUGCAGAGAAAAUGGUGAUGCAGAUACCCACAGGGAUUGUUAAUGUGAUCCUUUGGAGGACUCUUUUGGGUGCUUGCAGCUUCCAUGGGAAUGUGGAGAUGGGUGAAAGAGUAAUGAGAAAGGUAUUGGAGAUGGAGAGAGGAUACAGUGGAGAUUAUGUUCUAUUGUCUAAUAUAUUUGCGGGUGUCGGAAGGUUUGAGGAUGCUGAGAGUGUAAGGAGAUCCAUGGAUGAGAGGGAUGUCCUCAAAAUUCCUGGUUUUAGUUUACAUUCACUCCAAAGCAGGCGCAACCAGACCAUGUGCAUGCCCUAGAAAACACAGGGUACACAAAAUUCCUAUUUGUUACUCUUGCUUCAGUCUCAAAGGGUACUCAAGACUCUGAGAGAAACCUUGGAUUAGGGUUGUAAGAUUUUUGGAAUGAUAUUCAAGUUUUCACCUUUCUCUUUUAAUUCAA